AUGAGUUUGCUGAGCUACUUAAUAUGUAUUAUUCCUCUUACCAGAGCUGAAGAGCUGGAGAUAGCCUUGAUGGAGAUGGUCAAAGAAGACAACAGACUGGAACUAAGCGCACGGGUUGAACUACUCGAAAAUGAAGUAAGAGAACUAAAGCAAGUCCUUUCUGACAAAAAAGAACAAGAAGCAGCAAUGCUUCAGGUCCUGAUGAGAGUUGAGCAAGACCAAAAGCUUACAGAAGAUGCUCGGGUAAGUGCAGAGCAGGACGCAGCUGCACAACGAUAUGCAGUACAUGUGCUUCAGGAAAAGAAUGAGAAGCUUACGACUCAGCUCGCGCUAAUGGAGAAGAGAGUAGUUACUGCAGAAACAACUCUUGAAGCUACUUUGCAAUAUGAAUCAGGUCAAAAUAAAGCACUAUCAUCUCCAAGGUUUGCUCGUACUCAAGUUUCUCCACAAGAAACCCUUAAGAAGAAGACAGGCUUCCUAUCAUUUGGGCUUGGCUGGCGCGAGAGGAACAAGGCAAAACAACCUGAAGAAUCAAAUGAUGAUAAUAACACUAGUAACGCAACAUCUGAAGCCAAAUCUCCAUCAAAAGAAAGCGUUGCGACGCAGGGAAGCAAUGUAUCAAAAGAAAGCAAAUCCGAAGAUCUUUUAAAUCUGGAGACAAGACGCUAA